CCUUGACGUUUGAUUCCAGUAGCAAAGAAGAAAAAAAAAAAAAAAAAAAGGUACCGAAAUCUCAGCCAAACAUGAAACCUUCAGUCCCGCCUCUUCCCUUUCUCAUUGGAGCGUAUGUCUACACACCCGGCUCGUUUAAAACUCUCCAGCUCUCAGCUGGUUGGUAGCAACGUCCAUCUUGCUGAAGCCCAGCCCAGCCUGAGGGAGGGUAGGUUGUUAGAGUAGCAAACCCCUUCUGGACAGCUCCAGCUUACCCAAACAGAAGACGUAAGAGGAGGAAAGGGCUAGGACAUGGCGAGGAACUGCACUGGCCCGUCUGAUAGAGACCGGUGAUUCCCUCCCUCCCCAUCCCCCCCUCCCCUCCCUUUCCCCAGACUCACACCCCAUCCUUCCCUACCCCACCCCCAUUCCCUUACACACACACGCAUACACACGCUUGCGCGCGCACACACACAGACACGCCACAUACACAUACACACACACAAACACACACACUCACAACCGAGAGGCCUUAUUCACCACCUCAACACCAAGCCCUCCCCCCAACGCUGAAUCCCUCCCCCCAAACAAGCAUCUUGCAAACUCUCCCUCACCCACCUCCCAACCCUGCCCCCCACCCCUACCCUCACCCCCACCCCCGCCGCCCCCGGGCCCCGAUGGACUGAAUGAAGGCUGCUUGUACCGCCUAUCGAUGCCUCACCAAAGAUCUAGAAGGCUGCGCCAUGAACCCAGAGAUGACAAUGGAAAGUAUCGGCAGUUUGCACGGGGCAGCCGGCGGCAGCAGCGGCGGCGGCGGCGGCGGCGGGGGCCCGGCCCAUGAGCAGGAGCUGCUGGCCAGCCCCAGCCCUCACCACACUAGCCGGGGCGCAGGCUCGUUGCGGGUCCAGCCUCCUCACCAGGACCUGGGCACCGCGUCCUCCCGCUCAGCCAUGGUGACCAGCAUGGCUUCCAUCCUGGACGGGGGGGACUACCGUCCGGAGCUGUCCAUCCCACUGCACCAUGCCAUGAGCAUGUCCUGCGACUCUUCCCCUCCGGGCAUGGGCAUGAGCAACACCUACACCACGUUGACGCCACUCCAGCCCCUGCCGCCCAUCUCGACCGUCUCCGACAAGUUCCACCACCCACACCCCCACCACCACCCGCACCACCACCCACACCACCACCACCACCACCACCAGCGCCUGUCCGGCAAUGUCAGCGGGAGCUUCACCCUCAUGCGGGACGAGCGGGGGCUACCAGCCAUGAACAACCUCUACAGCCCCUACAAGGAAAUGUCCGGCAUGGGGCAGAGCCUGUCUCCUCUAGCAGCCACCCCUUUGGGAAACGGGCUGGGCACUAUCCACAACUCCCAGCAGGGCCUACACAACUAUGGGCCCCCAGGGCACGACAAGAUGCUCAGCCCCAACUUCGAAGCCCACCACACUGCCAUGCUAGCCCGAGGGGAUCAGCACCUCUCCCGGGGGCUGGGUACCCCGCCCGCUGCCAUGAUGUCGCACCUCAAUGGGAUGCAUCACCCGGGCCACGCGCAGUCCCACGGGCCCGUUCUGGCUCCGAGCCGGGAGAGGCCGCCCUCCUCCUCCGGCUCGCAAGUGACCAACUCGGGACAGUUGGAAGAAAUCAACACCAAAGAAGUGGCCCAGAGGAUCACUGCUGAGCUGAAGCGCUACAGCAUCCCUCAGGCGAUCUUCGCCCAGCGGGUGCUGUGUCGGUCUCAGGGGACUCUUUCUGACCUGCUUAGGAACCCCAAACCUUGGAGUAAACUGAAAUCUGGCAGGGAGACCUUCAGGAGGAUGUGGAAAUGGCUACAGGAACCGGAGUUCCAGCGGAUGUCCGCCUUACGCCUGGCAGCAUGCAAACGCAAAGAGCAAGAACCAAACAAAGACAGGAACAAUUCCCAGAAGAAAUCCCGCCUGGUUUUCACCGACCUCCAACGCCGAACACUCUUCGCUAUCUUCAAGGAGAACAAACGCCCGUCCAAAGAGAUGCAGAUCACCAUUUCUCAGCAGCUGGGGCUGGAACUCACCACAGUCAGUAACUUCUUCAUGAAUGCCCGACGUCGCAGCUUGGAGAAAUGGCAGGACGAUUUAAGUACGGGGGGAUCCUCAUCAACCUCCAGCACUUGUACCAAAGCAUGACUGAAAGAAUCUAAAUUGGGCACAAGUCAACUAUAAAAGGAAAAAAACAACAACGAAGACAACAACAAAAGGAAAAAGACACAGGAUUCUUAGCUGGGGCCCUUCACUGGUGAUUUGAAAGCACAAUUCUCUCAAAAAAGAAAUUUCUAUUCUAGCUGUAAUCAUAGGACAUGUGUUCUUUUUUUAUGGCUAUGGAGUCUAAGUGCAAGCUAAAAAAUUAGUCUCUUCCACAAAAAUACUAUUCUCUAAGCAUGCUAAGCAUACCGGAAACCCAAAUGGGUCUCUCCUAAAAAGCCAAUUAAUUCCAAUGUGGUUUCAGCCACAUGUAGAUUGCUUUAAAAUAAAACAAUCUAACACAAAGUCUUACUAGUCUCUUACAAAGUUCCCAUGAAUAUCAGUGGGAAUCUGGUCUAUGUGAGGAAUUCCAAAUCUGGGAUUCCCAGAUGAUUUAGUUAAGAGGAGAUUGUAGGAAUAUUUAUGACCUCAUUUGCUUUCCAAAUGCUUAGCUUCCUCUCACUACAAUAUACCAAAGUUCACAGCCAUAACUAGAGAAACCUAAAAAUGAUAAUUACUGAGCACAAACCUUAAAUGUGGAAAUCAAAUCCAAGAACCUGUUUUUCCAACUCAGGCAUCUUUUCACCAAAUGGUUUAGGAGCUUUUAGGUCGAUCCAGUUGACAGUCUUUUUUCCCUUACCUCCAGAAAGUCUCAUAUGGUUAUGGAUCGGUUAAAACAAAAUCCAUUCACUUGAGCUCAAAGUAUCAAGCACAAAGAUGAUAACUAUAGAAAUAAGCAAGGUUCUGGAUUCACUGCAUCUGUAUUGUCAAGACAUUGAUUCUGAAGUCAUUAGUGGAUAGCAAGGGAACAAGGAUGGCUUCAAGCACAUUUUGCAGUUUGCCACCAAUUCUGUGUUUGUACAUGAUGCAGACACCCACUCAGGAGGCCAAUUUAACUGCUAUGGUACAUGGAGCAAAUGCAACAUAUUAAAAGAUCUAGAUUUUUUUAGAUCAUUAGUAUAUCCUCCUUGGUUAUUGGCCAUCUAGUCCCACCUAUUGUGCAUUGUUACCACGAUAUUCAUUUCAUUAUUACUGUUUCGGAUUUUGUUGCUAUUUCAUACAUUCUUUUGGUGGGGUCCCUCAAUGUUUGCUGACCUUGGGGGAAAUUCCAACAACCAACCAACAUGUCAUCCCAAUACUAUUGUUCAUAACUUUUUUCAUCUGAAUCCCAAGCCUCUUUCAUUGUUCAAUCAUCCCUGUAUAACGACUGAUUAAAUCUGGAGAAAACACAGCACACCAAAGAAGCAGAGUCCUGCAAACCAAAGACAUUUCUUACUUGCCAUUUUCUAGCCUAAAAAUACUGUGAUUACUUUUAGAAAUCAGAAUGCCUCUGCAACUCCAAAUGGCACUCAGCUCUUGCAUUUGGCUGGCCCUUUGGGUAAGCAGUAUGGCAAUGCCGAGAACAUUAGCCAAGUCACACGGGAAGGGUUAACCACAAUGGCUGUCCUUGGUGGUGAUCAGCUUCCAAAUGAGGCCUACAGUCCUUCUCCUGGAGAUUGUGAUGGUCACAAUGUGCAUAUUUACCAGUGAAUGGCCCCUGGAGAGCAUCAUUGGAGUGUUCAAAAGCAAGCCAAACACUGCAGUGAUUCUUUAAAGACACUUGAGACUUUUUUAUGUAUUACUUAAUCGAAACCAAAGAAACUUUUCUGCACCUACUUCUGCAACAAAUAAAAACUGUUCCAUUAAAGAUGAAUAACUAAGUAAAAAAAAUGAAUGCUAAAUGAAAAACAACAAAGAAGGAAAAACAAUGUUGUGCGACACAUUGUGUCUGGACAGACCUCUUAGGACAUUUUUCGGAAGCAGAUUUCAAAGAAAGGGUUGAAACAGGAAUGGAAACAAAGAAAAGCCUCCAUUGGCUGCUGCUUCAUUUGACAACUCACUUGGUAAUCUUAAAGUUGAAGAUUGUCUUUAAUUUGUGCCUAUGCAGUUUUUCAAAAGAAUAAGGAACAGAGCAACGGAAACCUCAACAGCUACAAUACCAAAGAUGAGGAUUUCUCACACCUUUUGUUUCAGUUCAUUAUCUCUUCUUGCACGGCUAAAAUGCUAAUAGCAUCAUUGAUUUGUGUAAAGGUAAUCAAUUCUGUUUCUUUGAGCAACAAAAGAAAAGGGUCAUUUAUUUUAUUUUAUUUCCUUUUUUGCCUUUAUUGUCUCUACCCCAGCAUGGAAUCUUUCCAAAGGUACCACAGACUCCAAGUGUAAGAUGUUGGGAUACUUAACUAAUCUCUCUUCUCCAUCCAGGGAAUGUGGGAGAAGAGAUUGUCACUUGAAUGUUUUUUGCUUGACCACCUAAAAUUCGUUCCUGAUAUCAGAGCCUUAUCAUCAGGGGAGUGAAGGGGGACACUGUGCUGGGCAAAUCUUUUCCCCUUCUACAAUACCAAAGAGUUUGCCAUUAUGAUAGCUUUGUCUCCAUGUAGUUGCUACAUCUAAACAGGGCUCAUUUCAGAAAACAUGUAAAAUUUAUUGUGAUUUCUACUUUUCUAUUAGCUUUUAAAAUCAUCUAUAAAGCUGCAUUUCUAAGCGGAAAUAUAUAUUCCUAUAUAUGUAUUAAAGUAUAUAUGUUUUAUAUAUGUGUUGUUUACAUAACACAUAUAUACAUAUAUAUAGCAUGUCCCAAAAGUCUUUGUGCAGUUUUGUGCUUUUAUAGCUUUAAACGGCACAAAGGCUUUUGGGAUAUUCUGUAUAUAUGCAUACAUACAUAUAUGUAGACAAAACUAACUUGAUAUCCAUGAGAUCCACAAAAUAUUGCUGUCAAAAAGUGACAUGUUGUUAUUGCUGUAUGUUCUAUUUGUUAAGUAUACACACUUCAGAAUUGUACUCAUUUUCCAUGCCAUUCCAAAGGCAAAGAACCACUCUAGAUAUAUGGUAUUUAGAGAUGAAAUGUCCAGGCUUAUAUCCACCAAAUAUAACUCUAUCCUGCAACAAAUGCACCAUUUGCAGAGGAGUGAAUAUGAUGUUCUAAAUCUCCACCCCCAACCCAGGUUACUGCUAUAAGUCCUAGGUCCUACUCAGGAUUGACCUAAUAAUAAUAAGAAGCCCAUCAUAUAAUUAUCAGGAAAUAUUUAAUAGAGCUUCCCCAUUUUGUUACCAAAGAUGAAAAUCCCUCUCAAAAAGAAAAUUCACCCCAUCAUUGUUUUUCCUCAAGGAAAUUUCAUAUUCUUAUAGUCGUCUCCAACACAUGUGGUUUUUAGACAUGUUGAUAUGACUUCUAGUUGGUUAAAAUCCAACCUUGCUUUGACAGGCAAAUCAGUCCCUCAGGGGGUGAUUAUAGAACUAUAUCUAAAGCCUGGAUAUAACCACAGUCAAUUUGGAAGAUUGGGGAGGAAAGGUCAUGAUAUUUUCCACAACAGGAAAAAACAAACCAAAGUUUAAAGAGAUAUGUGUCUGGAACUUCCUAUUGGAGAAUUCUGUCUGCCCAAGAUAUCUUCUCCAACUCUCAACUAUGGAAGUUUCUUUCAAAUUGAGUGACUUCAGAUGUGGAGUGGAAGUUAUGUUCUAGCAAGACAGUCUUCCAGCUUCCAUUUUCAAAAUUCUUCAUCACCUAAAUGGAUAUCAAUUAAUUCCCUUUAAUUAAACAAUUCUGUCAUGUUUGAAACCAUUUUAAUUCAUUCUUUCACUUAACAAGCAUUUAUUUUCUCCAUUCUUCCUCUUCCUUCCUCAAUGAAAAAGAAAAACAAAAUACUCAUAGCAAAUAUUCAAAGUCAAACAAAACAAAUUCUUGUAUUGACCAUGUCCAAAAAUGGCAACAAACAUUUGAUAAAUAUCUGCUAUAGUCAAGAUAUUUUGUCAACCUCAUUUCAUUUCCUCCUCAACCCUCCAAGGUACUGAGAAAAGAAAGUAUUCCAGGCAAGAAAAUAUUCAACAUACAGGAUGAAAAAAGCAAAUUUUCCCUUAGCCAUGUUCCCCCUCAAAUCAAAGUAGUCUACCUUUUCCCAGAAAAUGGUUUAAAGGACUACUGCUUCUUGGAAUGGAAAAGUCUUAGCAAACACCUGAACAUCAUGAGUGAUUGUUAUCUUCAAAAGAUGUCCAGCCUAAAGAAAAAAAUUUUUGGAUAAUCUUGUGAACAAAAGACAAGACUUUAUCUUAGAGUACCAGUCAUAUAUAUCUCCAAUUUCUCUUGUGCUUGGGGAAAGGUUAUACUAUGUAAGAAAACAAGAAUGUCACUCCAUACUUUUAGCAAAAUCUUGCACAAUCUGAGAUUUUUGCUCUUAAAAGAGAUUAUGAACAUAUAGCUUUCAAAAUUUCAAGCUUCUUUCUAUCAAACAUUUCAUGGAGCCCAGACAGAUUAACUGACUUGAUCAUAGUCAAAUAGGCAGUAAAUUAUAGAUCCAGGAUUGAUAUCCAGAACAUCCCAUUCCAAAUCCAGUUCUCUUUCCACUUACCAAACUAACCCUUAGCUAAACUCUAAAGUAUAACCUAUAGUCUAUAGGAAAAAAAGGAAAAAAAACAAGUAUUUAUGACCUGGAAAGGUUAUGGAAGUCCAUUUUCUUCUAUUUUCAAAUUUGAUGAUUUCUAAGAAAAUUACUUAAUAAUUGCACCUAUUUUCUAUUUAGUGCUCAUCCCUUUACUCAUAGAAAACUCACCAACACAACACAAUAGCAUAAGGACUGCAUGAAGUAGGGAUUUCACACCAAAUUUUAUACUCCAGUGUUGCAUGAAAUAUAUAGGUUAUCAGCUGUGGAGUUGGGGGAGGAGAGAGAUAAAGGAGGAAAUAUGCCCUGAGGCUACAAAUUUUGAAAUUUAGUAGUCAUUAAAUAAUGAAAAAUAUCUCUAACUUAAAAUAAUGGCCCCAAAGUAAAUAUUCCCCAAAUCUGGGAGAUGUUAUUUGUUUUGUGCUAUUAUAGAAGGCAUUGGUAGUUACCAUCUAAUAAAUAUAUGUCCACAGCAACAUAAUGCAAAGAUAUGAUGCAUAGAUGAAACCAUUCUGUAAUCCUCUUGAUUUCUGUAUAUUCAUUUGAAUUUGAGUGGUUUGAAUGUAGUAAGGAAAUUGUAACUUAAAAUACAUCCUUCUAGCUCAUAUUUUCAAAAUUCACCCCCUACAUUGAUUUCCUUUUAUUUUUUUCCUGAUAGGAGUAUUAAUUUUACAAUUCAUGGGCUUUGCCUCAUUAUUUAGUUCAUUCUUAGCAUUUUCCCCCACUUUGCUGCAAAUGUGUGCUGGGAAAAUGCAAUCUAACUUCCAUUUAAUCAAAGAAAAACAUAAGAAAGAAGGUAAAUUUUUUGUGUGUCUCUUUAUCAUCACUAAAAUCAAACAAUGAUUUCCAGAGCCAAAUUAAAUACCAUUUAGAUUCCCUAUCUUUCCCUCCUUCCAAUAAGUGCAAGUACCUGAAAGCUGACUAUGUUGAAAACAUAAUGAAAACCCUGGAAACAAUUCAUCACCUUAGAAACUCUAAGUGGGAUUAUAGUGGGGUCUGAUUUGGCUAGGUCACCAAAAUUUGUACCUGUGCUCAGUUUUGGUUUUUUAGAAGAUUGUAAUAAUCUUAAAGUCUUUUUUUUAACAUAUUGGCUACUGGAAAGAUUACAAAAAUAAAAAAGAUGAAUUCUAAUGAUGUAUAAGAGUAACAAGACACCUUGAAAAGUGGGGAAAGGAAGUGGCCCAUAUAUACAACAGCUUUGCAGAUUACCACCACAGUUUGAAGCAGGCUAGAAGUAGAAAAAAAUAGAUUUAUUUUGUCAUUCUGUGUAGCCUAGGCUUCAUCACUUUAGUAGGAAAGGGAAAUCUGGUAGGCUCAUAGCAUUUUGGCAUUUACCUGCAAUGACGGAAAACUACACUAGUAUUGUACUAGUCUUUCAGUCUAUGAUGAAUACUCUAUAAGAACAGAUAAUUGUAGUUAUAAACAAAAUCCUAAGUUAAAGAGAUAGGUUCUCAGAGUUGGACAAGACCUUGGAGGGAAUCUAAGUCCAAUUUUGACCUUAGUUUGAAGUUCUCUCCACUGGUACAAGAAUUCUUUAACAAAUGAAGAAGGAUUUGUCCUAUAUUGCAAAGUAAAUCCCAUGUUAUUUGAGAUCCUGGAUGAAGAAGCAUGUAUGUUCUCAUCAUGGUGAAUUGCCAUCACAAAUAUCUAUUCCUCUACAGGAAAAAAAAUUCUUUUUUUUCCUUUUUCCGGGAAAUCCUUGGACAUCCAUUCAGUAUGCUUAGGGAAGAAUUAUAUUGAAUCCAAAUUAAUAGUACAAUCAUGCUGAGUCUCGUAUUAAUGGACAACGGAAAAAAAACUAUAAAGAUUGCUACUUCCAAUGACCUGAAUCCUAUAGGGGAGCCAUAGUUUCAUGAGGUUUGAAACCACUCACCCAUGAAACUACUCAAAUCCCAGUUUUUACUAUCUUUGACAAAUAGAAGCAGGUUAAAUCAAAAAUUCAAGAUUUCCUUCUAGCUUUUUAAGAUAAGUCCAUUAAAUCUAACCAGUUUGUUGUCUUUCUGUGAAGGAAAAAUGGUUCUUGUAUGUCCCUGCAAGAUUGGACUUCUUGCUUUUUUGGUCAUUCACUUCAUCAAAAUCUUCCAUUUCGUUAUCUUUUACAAUAGGAUUCUUUCCAUAGCACUGAUAUUGGUAAAUGAGUCUUCUCGAAAUCAUAUACAAUUGGUAUGGUUGAAUGUAGAUAGACUAUACAUAAUAAGAAUAUAUUGUCAUAUAUGUCCAUCAAAUAUGUAACUUCAUGGCAGCAACACAUUGUCACAUUAAAGUAUCAGCACUGCAUGUGUUUAGGUGUAUACCUACAUGCAUAAAUAUAUUGUGUGACGACCUUCAAAAUAGUAUUUCAUAUGUCGUUGGUACAUCUACCAUGUGCAUUUUUUCCAUUUAUUUAUUGUAACAUUGAAAACCAAAGUGCAAAAAAUCCAAACCAAAUCAGAACUCCAAGUCCCAGCAUCUUUUGUGUGUAUCCUUGGAGAUACUUUCAUUUGGGCACAUCUAAGAUGAAUUCAACUUGCAAGAAACCUUGAAUAUUGUUUAAUCAUCUGUGAAGGAAUGAAGAAUGUGGUUGAUUAUUUCGGUUGAAUAGCUUUAUUCUGGAUCUUUCUUAACUAAAGCUAAUUCCAAAGACCCAGGAAAGGAUGAAACCAGCAAAGCAAAGCUCAAACCAAGCUAGAGAAAGGACUCUCAUUUCUGAGGGUCAGGACAGCAAUGACAUAGCUCUGGGGAGGUUGUGCUAGCUAUGGGGCAAAGGGAGGGAGGGAGGGAAUUGGUAA